UCCUGCUCGCCUCUCUCGCCGUCGCGCGCGACGCGACCAACCCUAGCCCCCCGGUUCCCGCGGCCGCCGGCACGCGAGUGAGCUCGUCCGUCUCCGCGGCCUCGCCUGCCCCCGUGGAUUCGAUGGCGGUGGCGUCGCGGCUCGCGGUGGCGCGGGUGACGCCGGAUGGCGGGGCGGGGAGGAGGCGGCGGGCGGUGGUCGCGGUGCCAACGGCAGCGGGGAGGACUGGGACUGGGAGGGGGAGGGCGCGCGGCGGGGCCGUGGCGGCGAGCCCUCCGACCGAGGAGGCGGUGCAGAUGACGGAGCCGCUCACCAAGGAGGACCUUAUCGCGUACCUCGUCUCCGGGUGCAAGCCCAAGGAGAAUUGGAGAAUUGGCACAGAACAUGAAAAGUUUGGUUUUGAAGUUGACACAUUGCGCCCUAUAAAGUAUGAUCAGAUCCGUGACAUACUGAAUGGACUUGCUGAGAGAUUUGAUUGGGACAAGAUAGUGGAAGAAAAUAAUGUUAUCGGUCUCAAGCAGGGAAAACAAAGCAUUUCACUAGAACCUGGAGGCCAAUUUGAACUUAGCGGUGCUCCUCUUGAAACAUUACAUCAAACUUGUGCUGAAGUCAAUUCACAUCUUUAUCAGGUCAAAGCAGUUGGAGAGGAAAUGGGGAUCGGAUUUCUCGGAAUUGGUUUUCAGCCAAAGUGGACACUGAGUGACAUACCAAUAAUGCCCAAGGGAAGAUACGAAAUUAUGAGGAAUUACAUGCCUAAAGUUGGCUCUCUUGGGCUUGAUAUGAUGUUCCGAACAUGCACUGUUCAGGUUAAUCUUGACUUCAGUUCAGAGCAAGAUAUGAUAAGGAAAUUCCGUGCUGGCCUUGCAUUACAGCCUAUUGCGACAGCAAUAUUUGCCAAUUCUCCCUUCAAAGAAGGAAAACCAAAUGGGUAUCUUAGCUUAAGAAGCCAUAUUUGGACUGAUACUGACAACAACCGCUCAGGGAUGCUUCCUUUUGUCUUCGACGACUCGUUUGGAUUUGAGCGAUAUGUGGACUACGCAUUAGAUGUCCCAAUGUAUUUUGUAUAUCGUAAUAAGAAGUACAUUGACUGUACUGGAAUGUCAUUUCGGGAUUUUAUGGUUGGAAAACUCCCACAAGCUCCUGGGGAGCUGCCUACUUUGAAUGACUGGGAGAACCAUCUAACAACAAUAUUUCCUGAGGUUAGGCUGAAGCGAUAUCUAGAGAUGAGAGGUGCUGAUGGUGGCCCAUGGAGGAGAUUGUGUGCUUUGCCAGCAUUUUGGGUUGGGCUGUUGUAUGAUGAGGAAUCACUGCAAAGCAUUUCGGACAUGACCUCCGAUUGGACAAAUGAAGAAAGAGAAAUGCUAAGGCAAAAGGUACCAGUAACCGGUUUGAAGACACCCUUCCGGGAUGGAUAUGUAAGAGAUUUAGCGGAAGAAGUUCUGCAGUUGUCUAAGAAUGGAUUGGAAAGAAGAGGAUACAAGGAGGUUGGUUUCUUAAGAGAGGUAGAUGCCGUGGUUAGUUCAGGAGUGACACCAGCUGAGAGGCUGCUCAAUUUGUAUGAGACGAAGUGGCAACACAGUGUUGAUCCUGUCUUCCAGGAGUUGUUAUACUGAUGCCGAGAAGCCUCUUACACAACAAAGCUGGACAAAAUCUGUAGAUGUAUUCCCAUACAAAAAGAACCCAUGUUCAUUCUAUUCCAUGCCUCGACGGCUAAUGUCCGCCAGCCGUUCUUCUUGAGACUGACGAGGGCAACUUCAAUAACUCAUGGUUACUGCCGCCUGGAGCUCUUUGAGCUCAGGCCACUGCGGCACUGCCCUUAUAGGGCCUUUUAAAGCUUCUGAUUUUCCUCAUCUCCAGGGAAGAUGGAACAAACCACUGUUUGUACCAGACCCCCUUGUUCCUGAUGAUUUUUGUAUGAAAAAUAAGCCCAUCUGGUGAAAGAUGGAAACUAUAUAUAAGGUUCCUUCUAUUCAGAAAAUAUGUUGGAUAGUGUCAUCAGAAAAUAUGUUGGAUAGUUUGACACGGACGUGGAGUGCGUUCCAGCUCAAUAAUUUCUACAAUGGAUGGUGUCUUUGGUGGUC